AUGGGUGAUGAAGAUUGCAGCGGAAUAUAUGACACAAUCCAAAAAGACAGAAUAUAUGACGUUCCAGAAGAAAAUGAAGGUGAUGUUUAUGAUGUCAUCAAUGUAGAGCAGAGAUCAGAAAACAAUUUAUAUGUCAAUGAGCAAGAACCCCAUGAGUAUGACUUUGUGUCCCCUUAUGCAGUUGCAAAUGAGAACAGCUCAGUCUCUUCCCGAGACCGAGAACAAGAAGAAGGUUACCUCCUGCCUGAUGCAGUGUAUUCUGAGACUGAAGAUCUUCAACAAGGACCCCCCCAAGAGGAUGGGGUCACCCUGGUGGAAGAAUUAUACUCAUCAAUCGAGUACAAGAAAUCUGGCCCACAGGAGUACCAGGAGAAUGGGAGUCUAAUGAUGGAAGAAGAUCUCUCUCCUUCAACCUUCACCAUCCAGGAAAGCAGGGAUUUCUCGACCAUUAGAGAUGCCCCCACUGGCUAUUCUGUACCUGAUGAUGAAGAAGAAAAUGAAUCAGAUCAUUUACACCCUGAGAUUCACCUCUAUGUGAAGGCUGGAACAGAUGGAGAAAGCAUUGGCAACUGUCCUUUCUCUCAGCGUCUCUUUAUGAUCCUCUGGCUGAAAGGAGUCGUGUUCAAUGUCACCACUGUGGAUCUAAAAAGAAAGCCAGCUGACCUGCACAACCUGGCCCCUGGCACUCAUCCACCCUUCCUGACCUUCAAUGGGGAUGUGAAGACGGACGUCAACAAGAUCGAGGAGUUCUUGGAAGAGACUUUGGCCCCUGAAAAGUACCCUAGACUAGCAGCGAAGCACCGGGAAUCCAACACAGCCGGCAUCGACAUUUUCUCCAAAUUCUCUGCCUACAUCAAAAACACCAAGCAGCAAAACAACGCUGCCCUUGAGAAAAGCCUGACCAAGGUGCUGCAGAAACUAAAUGACUACCUGAAUACCCCUCUGCCAGAGGAGAUUGAUGCCAGCAUUUGUGAUGAUGACAGCAAGCCAUCCCGACGCAAGUUUCUGGAUGGAGAUGAGUUGACCCUGGCUGACUGUAAUCUGUUGCCCAAACUCCAUGUGGUCAAGAUUGUGGCCAAGAAAUACCGCAACUAUGACUUCCCAGCUGAGAUGACAGGCCUGUGGCGGUAUCUCAAGAAUGCCUAUGCCCGAGAUGAGUUCACCAACACCUGUGCCGCGGACCACGAGAUUGAGUUGGCCUACGCGGAUGUCGCCAAGCGUCUCAGCCGACCCUGAGCAAAGCCAUCUUGCUCCCUUGCUGCUGCAAAACUCAGCUUCUCCCAAAGGACUCUGGCUUCACUGGCUCCUCUUCUACGCAUUGCCUCAAGAAACAUUCUUUGUUCAUUUGUUUGUUUGUUUUAUCCAAAUCCAACAACCUCUUGCUGGCUCCAUCAGAACUCCAGCCUGCUGCCUUGUACCAACAUCAGUCACUUCCAAUCUGAUUACACAAGAAUCUGCAAGCAGAAAUUUUAAGGACCAGAUGAGCUCUCAAUUUUCAGGUCCAGUCUGGGUUCAGUGUAUUUGAGGUUCCUCCUGGAAAGUUAACCUAUGGAAUUGUCACCGCCUUUUCCCGCCAAUAUCAAAAUAUCUCCUUAGGUGCAUUAUAAACACCCACACACUCUUCUCUUGCCCCCUCUUCUCUGCCACUCUUUGCCAUGGAUGAAUGCCAUCUUAGUUCUUAUUAGAAAGAGACCCACUGCUUCAUUAGGGGAGAGAGAGUAUGAAUGGAGGAGAAUGGAACAGUUUGUGGCUUUGGGCAUCUGGUAAACACAACUUAGGUCACUGGCUGCUACUCUCUGAUGCUCCUGUCCUGACAUCAGUACAGAGAUGCUGAUGACCAGAUUGAAGACCACUUUAGAUAUAGUCUCCAUUCACUGCAGCAUUAUGAAUGCUGAGGUACUCUCUGGCUCCUGGCCAGUGCUGACCUCAGUUUUUGUGCCACUCAGGCAUGCUGUGUAAAAAGGGAAAUUGCAACUUUAGGUUGGGUGACAUGUAGCAGAGGAGAAAGGGAGCAAUGUUGAUGCCAAAAGGCCCACAGGGCCUACCAGCCAUAGGGCUUGCUUGCUUAGAACUAGUUGUUUCAUGGGAGAUUACUUGCCGUGGUCUGAAUAUGCUUAGCCGUGAGUGAAUUUGAAGUUUGUGAGAAAGCUGAUGAGAGUGGGGACCUAGGGAUACAGGGAGCAGAGGGUGGAGAUAAAGGAGUUCUUUAUGAGGGUUAAAGUUCCUUGGGAAGUCUUUACAACAGCUCUUUCAUGAUCCAACUAAGUCUUGGCCUGGUAAUUUUAUUUAACAACCAACCUGAUACCAAAGCCCUCAGAAUGGCCAAACAUGACUUUCUAAUCUUCCAGCUAUUCCGCUUCCAGACACAGAUUUACUCUCUGGGUGCUCUGUGAGGUUCAGUUGCAACUUUUGAUGGGUAAUACUACUCUGAGAGGGAGGUGCCAUUAUGUGUUACCUUAGGAAGAAAGUCGGUAGGCCUUUCUGACUGGGAAACCAUGUGGUUUUAACUCAAAGAAAGUAUGUACCCAUUUGAGUUGAUUCUUCUCUCAUCUGACUCAACUGCCAUUUCAUAAAAAGGCAAAAAAAUUAGCUAACACUUCUUGGUAGUUCUCUUUAAGUUUCACCUUCUUGAAAGGUUACCUGACUACGAGCAAAGGGAGCUUUGCAAGGGAAACUAAGAAUAAUGAGCUAAUCAUCAACUCCCUCUCCGAGUUAUGCCCCUAGAGAAAAGUCACCUUCUACGCAUGCCCCUUCAACAAUCAGCCCUUCUGUGUUUCUGGCUGGUCUGGAGUGAGGCCUCCAAGUGUCAGAAAGCCCCAGAACUUGUCUCAUUUCUCAGUGAGGGCUACAUGGCACAGGUUCUUUCCAGAGAAACAUCAGUGAAGUCUAACACAAAGUCUAACCUUGAAUCUGCCUGCCUCCAGGGAUCUCGGAAUGAAAAAGGGGAGCUGUUGACUGGAACAGAGUGGAGGAAGCAAGAGAGCUCCCUAAGCCCAGUGGGGAAGAGGAAACAUCUUGGGAGGACGUUUUAUAAGCCACUGCUUGGAGAGACAGAAUGAGUUGAUUCAUUUCCACCUCUCCAGAAGCCUUUCCACAGGCUGCCUGGAAACAUGUCCCCAGAGAUGUUUAUAGAGGAGAAGGGGCUAGGAAUCAGUUCCUUUUUGACUGUGGGGAAAUGCCCCAAACCAGGCUCCUGGGAGAUGAAAGCUUGAAUAAUCCCAAAGGUCUUUUAAUCUGGGUGAAACAUUGUAUAAAGAAAUCAUUGCCUGAAUUUAGCAGCACAGGUAAAAAUGCUCCACACGCAAGAGGCCAUUUCCUUUCCUGAGAGAAAAGGACACUAGGCAGUGUUCUUGAGAGAGGCCUGUGAAGUGCAACCCCACAAAAAGGCAAAAACAA